GUUCAAUUCGGCCGGAGAAUACGGCUAGCGCGGCUGUAGGCGGUGUUUUCGCGGCCGCAGGGAGGCUGCGCUAGACUGUAGUUUUGAACGACUGCAGUUUCGUUGCAGCGGUUUGUGUGAUACCUAAAUGUUAGCCGAGUCUCAGAUGAGUUGAGGAGCUGCGAGAAACGUUUCAGGUAGAAAUUGCUGUUUCUAUCGAGCGGCUGCUCGGAUUAAAUUUUCAGAGGACGAAAGGGAUGGUGGUCGGUUAGAUUUUGUUUUCUGAAAAUUGCUGUGGAGGAGUUCUGGUGGAGGUGAACUUCUUGUUAGAAACCUAGAGCUUCACAUGUUCAAAUAGUUAGAGGUCAGAAUGGACUGAAGUCGGGAUCGUGAUAUAUUUCAAGUUGCAGUGAUGGUAACUGCAGUACUGCACCGACUGAGGAACAUCUGUUUGACCUGUUCUGAAUAGAAUUUGGAGUCAAGUGGAUUGAUAUAAGAUCAAGGAGAGACGAGUUCUGUCCUGAGAGACGGUGCUUCGGGACGAAGUGCCAUAAGUGUAUAAUUUUGAUGUUCACAUAAAUAAGAAUUCGGUGUAUGCAAUAUUUAUGGGCUAUUGUCGUGUAUAAUAAUUGUGAUUACUGGUAUCCUGGUUCACAACUUGAUAUAUUGCCUCCUAAAUUUCCUUUUCUUUUAUUAUUUGUUUCCUUCUUAUCCCUUCCAAUUAUGCAUUCCUUCCCCUCAAACAUCCCAACCAUCCCCAUAUGUUCGUAGUAGCUUAAUAUUCAAAUUGCCAACUGCUUAGUGCCCCCCAUGAAAGGCUCAGCAUCUGAUCAAGGUGCUUUCAAGAAUUUAUUUGCUAUGGAUGAACCACUUAUUAUGGAUGACAGCUACUACCUAUGGCAUAAUGGUGAUGUAGGAGUUUCCAUGGCAGUGGAACUUGGGUGUUGUAACUAUUGAAGUUGUGUCCCCUAUUGUACCAAUACUACUCAAGUUGUACUGCCGAUUUCCAUGAUUAUUUGCACGGUGCACCCUUACCGUACAUAUAAGUACAUAUUUUGCUAGCAACCGUGUCAUAAUAUGCAGUCUAGUGGCAAAACAGCAUGUUUAGCAGCAAGUUCACAAAAGGUGCCUUUUGAGAUGGCAAGAUAGUACUUCCAUUUUGAAGCCAAAGGUAUCAUUACAGUUGGGUUUGGCUGUGAUAGUACAGCAGUUACAAAUAUACUUGGUCACCGCGACUCAAUGCAACGCGGAUACAUUCAACAUGAAUACAAAACUAUGUAUUCUGAGGAACUUUCGCGGCGUAUAUCAUCUGAACUCAGUGGAAACCACAAGAAAGCAAUGUCGCUCUGGAUUCUUGAUCCUGCUGGACGUGAUGCAACUGUUUUGAGAGAAGCUCUGAGUGCCGACUCUCUUGAUUUGAGAGCAGCUACUGAUAUCAUAUGUUCCAGGACACCAUCACAGCUGCAAAUAAUGAAACAGACAUAUUAUGCAAAGUUUGGUACAUAUGUUGAACAUGAUAUUAGUCAGCAAACAACUGGCGAUCAUCAGAAGAUCUUACUAGCCUACAUAGGGAUUCCACGAUAUGAAGGACCUGAGGUUGAUCCCACUAUAGUGACACAUGAUGCGAAGGACCUGUACAAAGCUGGUGAGAAAAAGCUGGGAACAGAUGAGAAAACCUUCAUCCGGAUCUUCACUGAACGCAGUUGGGCACACAUGGCAGCUGUUGCUUCUGCUUACCAUCACAUGUAUGAUCGGUCAUUAGAGAAGGUUGUGAAGAGUGAAACAUCUGGAAAUUUUGAAGUUGCUCUGCUAACCAUCCUCAGGUGUGCUGAGAAUCCAGCGAAGUAUUUUGCUAAGGUGUUAAGAAAGUCCAUGAAAGGUCUAGGUACUGAUGACAAGACACUUAUAAGGGUUGUCGUAACGAGGACUGAGAUUGAUAUGCAAUAUAUCAAGGCAGAAUACUACAAGAAAUACAAAAAGCCAUUAGGUGAUGCUAUCCAUUCCGAAACAUCAGGAGGUUAUCGGACAUUCCUGCUAUCUCUUGUUGGUGGCCAUUAGGCCGUGUUUGUUCGACCAUGCACACGUGUCUCCGUUGCAUCACAUUACCCUAAAUGCAGUGGCUCUACCUCACUGUGUUGUGAGCUUCACUGACAAUUAUUUUACUUUCUGUUCCUUAAUGUUUGCUCAAUAUAUGUGUAUAUAUUAUUCAGAUCUGGGGACCUUAGUACGAUUGUUGCUUGCUAUAUGUUGGUGGUUCCAUCUUCCAUGGAGUAUGUACUACCAUCCUGAUGUUACCAUGUCAUUUCGUUCGGUGACUGUAAUCGGUUUUAUUGUCUUUAACUGCAGUUCACACUGUUAUUUUACUUAACUCAAAAAUAGUCAGUGUGUCCUGGUUUCAA